AUGUCUUUCUCCAUGCCGAUACGUCCAACAACCCGUCAUGCCAGCCGGCUGGCUCAGGCCAAGAUCCGCUCCGGCCGGCUUUACAGCACCGAAUCAGACCUCAAAACCGCCCUGAAAUCCGUCAUUCCCGAGAAGCGGGAGCUCUUCAAGCAAGUCAAAGCUCGCAGCGACGAUGUGGUCGGCGAAGUCAAAGUGGGCAACAUCAUCGGCGGCAUGCGCGGCCUGAAGUCCAUGCUCUGGGAGGGAUCCGUACUGGACCCCGAAGAGGGUAUCCGUUUCCACGGCAAGACCAUCAAAGAUUGCCAGCGUGAACUCCCCAAGGGCACCACGGGAACUGAAAUGCUCCCCGAGGCCAUGUUCUGGCUGCUCUUGACGGGCCAGGUUCCCACCACUAGCCAGGUGCGCGCAUUCUCUCGCGAGCUCGCUGAGAAGUCGCAUCUCCCCGACCACAUCCUCGGCCUGAUCAAGUUAUUCCCCAAGGACAUGCACCCCAUGACGCAGCUGUCGGUGGCGGUUGCAGCGCUGAACACCGAGUCGACAUUCGCCAAAGCGUACGAGCGCGGCCUGAACAAGGCAGACUACUGGGAGCCCACGUUCGAUGAUAGCAUUUCGCUGCUGGCCAAGAUCCCGCGUGUGGCUGCAUUGGUGUUCAGGUCGAACGAGAUCGAUCAGGUCGGGACGCAGGCGCUCGACGCGACACAGGACUGGUCGCACAACUUUGCCGAACUGCUGGGCAAGGGCGGGGCCGAGCACGCGGACUUCCACGACCUGCUGCGACUGUAUCUGGCGCUGCAUGGCGACCACGAGGGUGGCAACGUCUCAGCGCACGCGACACAUCUGGUGGGCAGUGCCCUCAGCGACCCGUUCCUCAGCUACAGCGCAGGACUGCUGGGUCUGGCCGGCCCGCUGCACGGACUGGCGGCACAGGAAGUGCUGCGGUGGAUUCUGGCGAUGCAGGAGAAGAUUGGCACGCAGGUGACAGACGACUCGGUGCGCACGUACCUGUGGGACACAUUGAAGUCGGGACGGGUGGUGCCGGGCUACGGACACGGCGUGCUGCGCAAGCCGGACCCGCGAUUCGAGGCAUUGAUGGACUUCGCAGCUACACGGCCAGAUGUGCAGGCGAACCCUGUGUUCCAACUGGUGAAGAAGAACUCGGAGAUUGCGCCAGAGGUGCUGACGCAGCAUGGAAAGACGAAGAACCCCCACCCCAACGUGGACGCCGCCUCUGGCGUGCUGUUCUAUCACUAUGGCUUCCAGCAGCCACUGUACUACACAGUAACCUUCGGCGUGAGUCGGGCGCUGGGACCUCUGGUGCAAUUGAUCUGGGACCGGGCCUUGGGAUUGCCGAUUGAGCGACCGAAGAGUAUCAAUCUGAAGGGAUUGAUCGGCAACUGA